UCUCUUCAUACUCUGCCUGUAUUCCCAUCUCAACCCACCCAACACCCUCUUCUGCCCCUCUCUAUUUCUCUUUCCUCCCCUUUCUUGCCCUUCCCUCUUUCCGAUUUUCCCACAAAACAAGCACUCUCUGUCUCUCUCCAACCAACUUACCCGCCAGUUCUCACUCUCUUCUUUUCUUUUUUUUCUUCUUUUCUGUUUCAAAUUGUCGGUUUGCUCCCAUUGAAUCACCCUCCGACAACGCACACACACCAGUUCGAGCCCCAAUCCUUGUCCUUGGUUCAUAUCUGCACCUGAUCGUCCUUUGUUUUCCCACUUUCUUCACCUUUUGCUCCAAAACCCAACUCUUAAUCAUCAUCUUAGGGUUUUGAAGAACUCGCCUUUUUUUGGGUUUCUCGAUUUCAGUUCAGAAGAAUCCAUGUAUGGAUGGCACAUUUGGUGGGGCUUUGGUUUCGAUUCUUUGCGGAUUUGAGAAGCCGAAAAGUAAUCAGAGCAGCUGAAGCUGGUUUUGUUUGGUUUGGCAGGCCUGAUUGGGAAGAGGCAGUGUUUCUUGCCAACCAUUGAUUGAUUGUUUAUUCGUGGAAUUUGAUAAUUCAAGAAACCAAAUAAUUGGAUUGUCCAAUUUGGUACAUUUUGACUUCGAUUGCUAUUACAGUUUUUGCUUCUUAUGUCAAUGAAGGGUAGUUGUAAGUUUUCAAUUAAAGGUACCUGUUAUUCAAGAAAGGUGUGUUCGGGUAUAGUUAGAAAGGUGGGAUUUUUGAACUGUCAACUGUUGGGGGCUGAGGAGUAAUUAUUGUUGAUUAUUGUUUCUGCUUCUUCAAUGGCUAACCAUGACUUGAUACUCGGGAAAAAUCACAAUUUAGCUCUUGGGCAGAACCAGCAAUUAGUGAUAGGCCAUAACCGCAACCCAGUUCUUGGCCAGAACCAUGACUUGGAAUUGGGACAGACCCACCAGCAUGAUGUGACUCUGGGACAGACCCAUGACCAUGAAUUGGGUUUGGGACAUGCUCAUGAACAUGAGAUGGGUUUAGGAAAGACUGAUGACCACGGAGGGGAUGAUGAUCAUGGUUAUGAACAUGAGAAUGAAUUAGCUAUGGACCAGAAGCCCAAAAAUGACCGCCAUGAAUUGGCUCUUUCUGAACAGAACCAAGAGUUAGCUAUAGCUGAGGCUGUUACUGAGAACCAAGAACUUGAUGACAAUUUGGAAUUAGCUGUAGACAAGAACCACGAAAUGGGGAUUGAACCUGCCGAGGAGAUGAAUGUUCAGGAAACCGAGCUUGUAGUCACUCCUGUUAUUCAGCAACGUACGCUUGCUGUAGCGGCUAAUUAUGAGCUCCAUGUUGGACAAGAAUUCCCAGAUGUCAAGAGCUGUCGAAGAGGUUUGAGGGACACAGCUAUUGCCCUUCACUUCGAAAUGCAGACCAUAAAAUCCGAUAAGACUCGUUUUACUGCAAGAUGUGCCACUGAGGGAUGCCCAUGGCGCAUACAUGCAGCAAAACUUCCUGGUGUACCGACUUUUACGAUCAGAACCAUCCACGAGGCUCAUACAUGUGGAGGUAUUGCUCAUCUUGGCCAUCAACAAGCCUCAGUUCAGUGGGUUGCAAACUCUGUGGAGCAACGCCUCAAGGAAAACCCUAAUUGCAAGCCAAAGGAGAUACUGGAAGAGAUUCACCGUGUUCAUGGUAUCACUUUGUCUUACAAGCAAGCGUGGCGGGGCAAGGAGCGGAUUAUGGCUGCCAUGCGUGGAUCCUUUGAAGAAGGGUAUCGCCUCCUGCCACAGUACUGUGAACAAGUCAAAAAGACAAAUCUGGGAAGCAUUGCAUCUGUUUAUGGGAAUCCAACAGAUAAUUGCUUUCAGCGUCUCUUUAUUUCAUUUCAAGCUUCGAUUUAUGGGUUUUUGAAUGGUUGUAGGCCCCUCCUCGGGCUUGAUAGGACAUUCUUGAAAAGCAAGUACCUUGGUACUUUACUUUUAGCUACUGGAUUUGAUGGGGAUGGUUCUCUGUUUCCUUUGGCAUUUGGUGUUGUUGAUGAGGAAAAUAAUGAUAACUGGAUGUGGUUUCUCUCUGAACUUCAUAACCUGCUUGAGGUCAAUACGGAGAACAUGCCAAGGCUUACGAUUUUGUCAGAUAGGCAAAAGGGCAUUGUAGAUGGAGUGGAAGCGAAUUUCCCAACCGCAUUUCAUGGAUUUUGCAUGCGUCAUUUGAGUGAUAGCUUUCGCAAAGAGUUUAAUAAUACAAUGCUUGUUAACCUUUUCUGGGAAGCUGCUCAUUCUCUCACAGUAAUUGAAUUUGAAGCUAAAGUUCUUGAGAUUGAGGAGAUGUCACCAGAUGCUGCAUAUUGGAUUAGGCGAGUUCCGCCCCGCUUGUGGGCAACAGCUUAUUUUGAGGGAACACGAUUCGGGCAUCUGACAGCUAACAUAGUUGAAUCAUUAAAUUCUUGGCUUCCAGAAGCCUCUGGGCUACCGAUCAUUCAGAUGAUGGAAUGUAUUAGAAGGCAGCUUAUGACUUGGUUCAAUGAACGCAGAGAAAUGAGUAUGCAAUGGACAUCCAUUCUUGUGCCUGCUGCUGAGAGGUGUGUUGCAGAGGCCGUCGAGCGUGCACGCACAUACCAAGUUCUUCGCGCAAAUGAAGCUGAAUUCGAAGUUAUAUCUCAUGAAGGAACAAAUAUUGUUGAUAUUCGAAAUCGUUGCUGUCUCUGUCGGGGUUGGCAGCUGUACGGUUUGCCCUGUGCACAUGCUGUAGCGGCACUGAUUUCUUGCAGACAGAAUGUACAUAGAUUUACUGAGAUCUGUUUCACUAUUGCGACAUAUCGCAAGACAUAUUCCCAAACAAUACAUCCAAUUCCCGAUAAAACUUUGUGGAAUGAGUUAUCAGAGGGAGAUCCAAAUGCAAGCAAAGCCGAUGAGGUUGUUAUUAAUCCACCUAAAUCGCUCAGACUGCCUGGACGGCUAAGGAAGAAGCGAGUGCGGGCGGAGGAUCGUGGCCGCGUGAAGCGAGUCGUGCAUUGUAGCCGUUGCAACCAGACGGGCCAUUUUAGAACCACUUGUGCUGCACCCAUUUAAUGUUAUGGGCCGUGGCGGAUAAUUGUUUCUCAGCUAUAGUAAUUCAGGUAAAACCCUUAUCCUGUGCAAAGAAUUUUCUUAGUUGUGUUGAUUAUUUAUGGAGUUCCAUUAAUUAGAUUUUCAACUUUUAGUGCUCUAGGUCAAUUGGCAUUAGGUUAGUUAAGUUAGUUAAGUUCACGAUCAGCUAUCCUAUGUGUGGCUCACUUCAAUAAUACAUUGUUGUGUAGGUUUGAACUCAUUGUUUAUCUUGCAGAUUCUAUUUAGUGAUUUGUCGGAGUUGUAGACAUUUUUGAAUCUUUGCUUUUCCUUUAUAACGGCUCUUCUGCUU